AUGGCGGAGCGAACGCCAGGAGGCUCUCAAAAGGCCAGCGCAAAGGCGCUGCUAGAAAGCAAACUGAAGUCUUUCAGCAUUGGCAAAAUGGCCAAGAGAACCCUCAGCAAGAAAGAGCAGGAUGAAAUCAAGAAGAAAGAGGAUGAACGUGCAGCGGCCGAGAUUUACGAGGAGUUCCUUGCUGCGUUUGAAGGCGGCGGCGAGGGGAAGAUCAAAGCAUUUGUCCGCGGUGGGAUCGCAAAUGCUACAAAAGAGGAGGCAGCAACAGACGAGAAAAGGGGUAAACUGUACAAACCCAAGUCACGGUUUGAGUACCAAACUAAAAGCAUCCUGCCUUUGGAAACCCCAACUCAAUUUGUACCAUUAGACAAGCGACACUCUAUCAAAAAGACCAAUGAAAAGGAAAAGAAGAAGAGCAACUUGGAGCUUUUCAAAGAAGAGCUUAAACAAAUCCAAGAGGAGAGGGACGAAAGGCACAAAAUGAAAGGACGAGUUAGUCGUUUUGAACCACUGGGUGGCACGGAGGGAAGACGUUCAUCGGAUGGGUUUUCGCGAAGAAACCGUCCAUCCAGUGUUUUAGACGACUGCGCGCCAGGUUCGCACGACGUUGGCGACCCCUCCACCACUAACUUGUAUCUGGGAAACAUCAAUCCGCAGAUGAACGAGGAGAUGUUGUGUCAAGAGUUUGGCCGCUACGGACCUUUGGCCAGCGUGAAGAUCAUGUGGCCCAGGACGGACGAGGAGAGGGCACGGGAGAGGAACUGUGGCUUUGUGGCCUUUAUGAACAGGAGGGAUGCCGAGCGGGCUCUUAAAAACCUUAACGGAAAGAUGAUCAUGAACUUUGAAAUGAAACUGGGAUGGGGUAAAGGCGUGCCUAUUCCACCCCAUCCCAUCUACAUCCCUCCGUCCAUGAUGGAGCACACUCUCCCGCCGCCUCCCUCUGGCCUUCCCUUCAACGCACAGCCCCGCGAGAGGCUCAAGAACCCCAAUGCCCCACUGGUCCCACCACCCAAAAACAAGGAGGAUUUUGAGAAGACUCUGUCGCAAGCCAUAGUCAAAGUGGUUAUCCCAACAGAAAGGAAUUUGCUCUCUCUAAUCCACCGAAUGAUCGAGUUUGUGGUGCGUGAAGGCCCCAUGUUUGAAGCUAUGAUAAUGAACAGGGAAAUAAACAACCCCAUGUACAGGUUUCUGUUUGAGAACCAGAGUCCAGCGCAUGUUUACUAUAGGUGGAAGCUCUACACAAUACUGCAGGGUGAAGCACCAGUUAAAUGGCGGACAGACGACUUUCGAAUGUUUAAAAACGGGUCGCUUUGGCGCCCGCCGCCACUCAAUCCAUACCUCCACGGUCCGUACGAUGACGGUGAUGAUGAGGAGGAAGAUGAGGACUCGCUCAAGAAAGGCAGCUUAAAAGAAGAUGAACGAGACAAGCUAGAGGAGAUGCUCCGCGGCUUGACGCCAAGGAGGGGCGACGUCGCUGAGGCCAUGUUGUUUUGUCUCACUCACGCCGAGGCUGCCGAGGAAAUCGUGGAAUGUGUCACGGAAUCUCUUUCAAUCCUCAAGACCCCUCUCCCCAAGAAGAUUGCACGGUUAUAUCUCGUGUCAGACGUACUAUACAACUCCUCUGCCAAAGUAGCCAAUGCUUCCUACUACAGAAAAUAUUUUGAAGUAAAACUCGGCCAGAUUUUUGCAGACCUUAACGCCACGUACAAAACCAUCCAAGGUCACCUUCAGAGUGAAAAUUUUAAGCAACGUGUGAUGUCCUGCUUCCGAGCGUGGGAGGACUGGGCCGUGUAUCCUGACCCCUUCCUAAUCAGAUUGCAGAACAUAUUUCUAGGUCUCGUGAACCUGGCACCCGAAAAGGAACCUGUAGGAGUACCUGUAGAGCCCGAGCCAACGGAGGACAUCGACGGCGCGCCAAUAGGGGAGUACGUAGACGGCUCGCCGAUCGAAGACAUGGAUGGGUUGCCAAUUGACGGGGGGCCCAUCGAUGGGAACGUAAUCGACGGAGCCCCCCUGGACGACCUGGACGGCGUUCCCAUUAGGACCAUGGAGGAGGAUAUCGACGGGGUACCUUUCGACCAAUCAAAGGAGGUCACUUUCAAGGUGGCGCCUUCAAAAUGGGAAGCGGUGGACGAGUCUGAGCUGGAGUCUCAAGCUGUAACCACCUCAAAAUGGGAAGCAUUUGAUCAACCCGAAGAGCCAAAAAGACAACAGUCGCUUGUACUGCAAUUUAACAGGCUUGUGCAUGCUCGAAGGUAUGCGGAGAACAGUGAUGACGAGAAGAGCCCCCGUUCGGCGACUGCCACUCCAAGUUAUUCUAAUCCCAUCAGGGAUGACGCGGACCUGAAGGCCAAACUGUCCGAAAUGAACGAGGAGAAGCGAACCAAGCUACGAGAGAUCGAGGUGAAAGUCAUGAAGUUCCAAGACGAGCUGGAAUCGGGAAAAAGGCCCAAGAAGCCUGGGCAGAGCUUUCAGGAGCAGGUGGAACAUUAUAGAGACAAACUAUUGCAGAAGGAGAAAGAAAAGGAGAAAUUGGAGCGGGAGAAAGAGCGAGAGAAGAAGGACAAGGAGAAAUCGGAUGCAAGGCUAAAAGACUUGAAGAAGGAAAAGGAAGACACGCCGACCAGGAAAGACAAGAAGCGGCGACACAGCAACUCUCCCAGCCCCACCCGUGGCAGUGGCAGCAGUAGCAGACGGGGCCGCUCACCGUCCCCUCGCUCAGAGAGGUCCGAGCGCUCAUUCUCAAAGGACACGUCGUCGCGCUCAUCCCACAAGGACUCGCCCCGAUCCGUGGUCAAAAAGACUUCAAAAAGAUCGCCGUCAUCACCUCGCACACCCAAGCGGUCACGACGGUCGCGCUCCCGUACUCCCAAAAAGUCGUCCAAGAAAUCCCGUUCCAAGUCUAGGUCCCCGCAUAGCCGGUCUCACAAAAAAUCCAAAAAGAGCAAACACUGA